AUGCUUGACAAGACUUACGCGACUGUGUUGACGGCGCGAGUCGUGCCAGUCGAUGGAGGCAUCGCCGUCGAGCCUUCGCCUAAACGGCAAGAGCACCCGACGUCGCGCGCUACACGAUUUGUCGAUGAUAGCACUCGAUUCUUGUUCUUGUCGAUAUCUGACAAGCUCAAAUUAUCCGACAAAGAUUUGCGGCUGUACCUGUCCCAGUGGAUGAGAGAUGGCCUACUGUUGCGCGACGAGCACUACACGUUCCUGGGAUUCACUGAUGGACAUGUUAAGGAGGGGAAGCUCGUCUUCUUCAGGGAAGAUGCAUCGUGGUCGGUUGCACGGUUUAUGGACUACAUUGGCAACCUCCGUGAUGUUUACUCGGCCUAUGGGUAUGGGAAGUACGCGGCCCGUCUUGCUCUUUCAUUCUCUUCCACUGUUGAAUCACUGGAUGUACCCUUUGUGAAAGCUGCGAGGAUACCGGACAGGCGUGCGAGGGAUGGGUCACUCCAUAGCGAUGGCUGUGGACUGAUCCGUCACUCGUUUGCCAUGGACGUAUGCAGAAACAAUGGCAUUGCUCCUGAUACCUGUGUCUUUCAGAUUCGACGCGGAGGGAUCAAGGGCCUCCUUGUACGAUACCCAGACAAUCAAUUCGACAAAGUAACGCUGCGUAUGGCUAUUAGGAGAGCUAUCUUCGAGAAAAUGCUGCAAGACCAGCUGGAUCUAAUUGGCUGCAUACUGCACAACAGAGAUCAAGCCGAAAAGUACAUCAAGGGUGAACUAGAUGCCUCUAAUACAACGGCGUUCAAUCAGGAUUUAUACGCUAUUUUACUUGCGAAACAUGAUUUGAACGAACCUUACGUUGAGUGGAAGCUUCGCCAAUUCCAACAACAACAGUGCAACCUACUUCACAAAAAGCUAAAUCUUCGAGUAGAGGACUCAUGCUACGUGUUCGGAGUCAUUGACGAGUCUGGUGUGCUCGAGGAAGACGAGGUGUUUCUCAAUCUUCCCGGGCGGACUGGAGUACUCACUAGAGAUGUUAUCGUAGGAAGGGAUCUGGAUGGGGAUGAGUACUUCGUGACCUGGGAGCCCGGAUUGAUUCCACGGGACAUGCCGGAGCCACAGCAUAGAGCAGGCACACCCACCGCCAACACUAAACCACCUAGACGUCUCACGGAAGAUGCUAUGAAUGAUGCCGCGCUGGAUACCUUCAUACGGCACAAGUACAAUAAGACAUUGCGGUUCGCGGCCAAAAAGUGGCUCGAUGUUGCUGAUGCGACCCCUCACCUUGCCAACUACCCAUACGCACAAGAGCUAGCUCCUAUCAUUGAGUCAGCGCUGGACUGUAUCAAGUCGGGAGCUGACCCUGCCGACAUCGACAAAAGGGUUGAGGGGCUGAAGCGGCGAUUCAGGGAACCCUCAAAGGAAUACGGGGGGCAUGUGAGCCCUCUCAAAAUUCUUCGCGAGCGCAUUCCGCACGGCAAGGCUAUUCAGAUGUCUAGCUUUGACUGCGAUUCCUCGCUGAUUUUGCAUGAGGAUCCUGAACAAUGGGAGGAUGAUGUACGGGAGGCUGCUGAGGCCAUGAAAGCGUUCAACCGCAGUUUGUCCGUAGCCAUCAAGCACGACGAAGAGAUUGGUGCAGAUUCGGAUAGCAAUCCAAUCAACUUCAGAGAUCGACCACCGAGACAAGCCAAUCGCGUGACACAAGAGUAUCAGGAGCGAUAUUUUGGCGGCGGCAGCUUCGUUGAGUGUGCAAGACAGAGGAAACGAGCAUCUGCUUGGUAUUGCUACGGCUACUCUCAGAAGAAACGAGCUUUCGCUUGGCUUGGAGAACGAUAUCUUAAUGAGAUCCGAGCACAUUACACGAACCAUGGAAGACCUGUGCUCUAUGUAGGCGCUUCGGUGCCCCCAGGUGGCAAGGCACCUCCGUUCUCGCCAGAGGUGGUCGCCGUGCCAUCUAUGACACGGACGACAACACAAGAAGAGGCCCUGAGCCCGGUUGGUCUGAGCGUAUACGAAGAACUACGCUCGGUCGAGCUCAACCCAAGGCCCAGCCACCCAGUCGCCUCACAGCCAACACAGUGCGUCGAUAUGGGCGAACACGCGUGGCGGGUAUCCGCCAACGGGACAACGCGAUCCUACGUCUGUCAGAAGUGCCGAGCGUGUGCGAAGGAACGUAAGGUCGGGAGGUUCUGGGAGGUGGACACGGGCAGAUCACGCAAAGGCAUUGGCCAAGAGACACUUACUGCUUCGGCCAGUUCUGCAAGCGUGGGCGCGGUCUCGCGCGGGACCAAUCAGCACUCAGAUAUGGGCGACGGGGACACGAGCUCUCUGCAUUCUGAUGGCACGUUUGUGGAUGCGCUUGACAUACCACCUGGCGCUUCUCGCGUGUCGCUCCCACGCGAUGAACCCUUACCUUCGUCAUCUGACACAGUGCGGGGCUCCGUCACUGCAAUGUCACCUGGGGAAAGCACGACAAUAGCGGGGCCGCAGUCUGUACUCAGCCCCCUGCUGAACCUGUCGUGGUUGAGCGGGUUCACUACUAGAUCCAGGGCCCCCUCGGCGGCCUCGUCCACUCCUUCCCACCCUCGUACUGGUCCCACUUCUCACUCUCGAGACCCAGUGGGGCAUGUCGUCCGUCUGCCCAGGUCCCUUAUCGCUUCUCCACCGGCAGUUCGAACACUUCCCGCGGCGACUUCUAUGUCUCCCGUCGCUGAGGCGCCAGAGCCUUCGACGCACAUCAGCACCAAUACCAAGCCCCAGAGUCCUGUGGGUGAGGGGAGAAAGCAGCCAUGUUCUUUAGGCGCGGGUAAACACGCUUGGGGCAUUUCUGCGGCCAAUGGAACUUCUCGGCAGUAUGUUACGCACCGAUACGUCACCAUGAAUGGUGGGUGGGUGGAGGACAUGCAUCUUAACCGAGAGUACACGCUUCGCAUCUCGAAGAACAGGGAAAUGAAAAUCAAUGCAAAUCCUUGGCGACGCAACGUCGCAAAAGACAUUGACGGCUUUGUGUGA